AUGUCUAGACCUUUCCGAGUUGACUCGGAGUUUGAACAUUGGGAGGAGACUAGGAGUCUCAAUUCGAUUCUUUUGUUUGAUUCUACAGGACGUGGUGGAAGAGGAGGUGGCCGUAGCGAUGGCGGCGGUAGAGGAAGAGGAGGAUUCGGUGGCCGCAGUGGCGGUCGAGGCGGUGACAGAGGUGGUUUCGGCGGCCGCGGCGGCGGUAGAGGCGCCAGUGGUGGUAGGGGUGGAAGAGGUAGAGGCGGUCCUCGUGGAGGAGGUGGAAUGAAGGGAGGUAGCAGAGUAGUUGUUGAACCUCAUAGACAUGAAGGAGUGUUUAUUGCUAAGGGAAAAGAAGAUGCGCUUUGCACCAAGAACAUGGUUCCUGGAGAAGCUGUAUAUAACGAGAAGAGAGUUUCCGUUCAGAGUGAGGAUGGAACAAAGGUUGAAUACAGGGUAUGGAAUCCCUUCAGAUCUAAGCUAGCUGCUGCCAUUCUCGGUGGAGUUGAUGAAAUCUGGAUUAAACCCGGAGCCAAAGUAUUGUAUCUUGGUGCUGCCUCUGGAACCACUGUUUCUCAUGUCUCUGAUCUUGUUGGACCUGCAGGAGUUGUCUAUGCUGUUGAGUUCUCUCACAGGAGUGGUAGGGAUCUUGUGAACAUGGCAAAGAAAAGAACAAACAUCAUACCAAUCAUUGAAGAUGCUAGACAUCCAGCAAAGUACAGAAUGCUUGUUGGCAUGGUAGAUGUGAUAUUCUCAGAUGUUGCACAACCUGAUCAGGCUAGAAUAUUGGCCCUGAAUGCCUCCUAUUUCUUGAAAGUUGGUGGCCACUUUGUCAUUUCAAUCAAGGCCAACUGCAUAGAUUCAACUGUUCCAGCUGAGGCUGUAUUUGCUGCAGAAGUGAAGAAGUUGCAAGCAGAUCAGUUCAAACCAAUUGAGCAGGUCACUCUUGAACCAUUUGAGCGUGAUCAUGCUUGUGUUGUUGGUACCUAUCGGGUCCCAAAGAAGGUCAAAGUGGCUGCUGCUGUGUAGAGCAGGUUACCCUCAACCGUAUGAGCGCGAAUGCUUGUGUUGUCGGUCAUGUCCCAAAGGUCAAAGUUGCUGCUGUUGUAGCUUAACAGCUGUUCUUUUUUCUGUUUUUUAGAUCUAUUUUGUGUAAUAGGAUCAAUGUUGUUUUAGUAUGGUUUUGAUUAUCUUUUGAGACUGCUACUUUUUU